ACCAUUUCUUCGUCUCCUUCCUUUUUAAUCCGUCGCAAGCGCGGCUGCCGGAAAAUAUCACCGGCACGAGCUAAAGUCACUUUAGAAUCGAAAUAGCAGAAGCGGUUGUUUCUUUUGAAGUUUUAUUGCACUCGGGAAAUGCCAUAGCGUGUUCAGCUGGCUCACCUUCUACCUGAAAUUCGAUGGACGGCGCUUCACUGCUGCAGCGAUACCGUCGCGAUCGCCGGAAGCUUCUGGAGUUUUUGUUAUCGUCUGGCUUGAUCAAGGAAAUUCGAACUCCGGCUGGCUCUAGUACCGUCUCCAACCUCAACCUCGAUGCUCUAAGCAUAGAUUACGUUCUGGAAUGCAUCCAAUCCAGUCGUGUGGUAGAUGUUUCUGUAGCUAGUAAGAGAUAUCGGGAAGAACUUCAACAGCCAAUAACGAUGCAGUCGCACUUUGGGGAUUCAUAUUUUCUUCUUUCGGGUGCAGAAACAGCCGGGUCUCCUCCCAGACGGAUACCACCUCCUGUUGUUGCGUACAACUAUAACAAUCAUACAUUUAGUGAUUCUGAUCUUCCAAGUUCUCGUUCUGGUUUUGAGAAUGAAUUGAAACAUGCACACCCUGGACCAACAAAGUCACUCCCACGAAAUCAUGUUCAUAUCCCUAAAAUUGGAUUACCUACCUUACAAACAGGACUAUUGGAUGAUGACUUGAGGGAAUCUGCUUAUGAAAUAUUCCUUGCUUGUUUGGUGUUUUCUCGUAAGAUGGAACUUCAUUUGAAUGAGAAUAGAAAGAAGAACUCUAGAUUUUUGGCUGGGUUGAAGAAUAAAAGGGUUAAAAGGCAUCCAAUGCCCGAUUCUUUUGACAGGCCAUCAGAGCUCAUUGACAUUUUUCGGUCACAAAUGCAGAUCUCAGAAGCCAUGGAUAGUCUCAUUCGUCAAUGUUUGGCUGCUGUAGCAGCGGGGAGAGCUCGGGAACAGAUUGAUGUUCCCCAAAUCAUCCUUGGAUUGUUGAAUGGAAUGCUCAAGUCUGAUUUUCCGAACGAGAAGUCAUAUAUCCUAUGGAAGAGCAGACAAGCAGACAUUCUUGAAGAACUUCUUUCCUCAGCUGAGUAUGUCAAUGAUAAGAAGCAAUCAGUUGACAUUUUGAUUGAUAGAAUCAGAAAUCCCGAGGAUUGGGACACUAGGAUGUCUCCCUCUGAACGCUUUGAAGUCCUAUCAGCUAUUAGUCAUAUUGCGUUGACAUUAUCGAGCAUGCCACCAAAGUAUGGAAUUCUGGGGGAAAGUUAUUAUUGGAGUGCUGGCUAUCAGUUGAAUAUCAGGAUUUAUGAGAAGCUUCUUGUUGGGUUGUUUGACAUUCUUGAAGAUGACCACCUUAUAGAGGAAGCUGGUGAAAUCCUCAAUCUACUCAAGUCAUCUUGGUCGAUGUUAGGCAUUACUCAGAAACUCCAUAACGUGAUACAUGCAUGGGUGCUUUUUCAACAGAAACCUUCUCUCCUCAAUGAGGUGAUGAGCAUGGCAUUGAUGGUUGGAGCAUAUAGUUUUGAAUCAUGUGACAAGAACAAGUUCACAGGUUUUGAAGCUCUGGAUAGUACUCGUUACAGAAAGGUCAAAGAUUAUGUUGAAAGUUCGAUAGAAGCCGUUUCUAAGAGGGUAACUGACUCCAUAGGUCAUAGAAUAGAUAAGACGCAUCCUUUGACUGUGCUCGCUAGUGAGCUAAAAUUUAUUUCUGAGAAGGAGAUGGCUGUAUUUUAUCCUAUCCUCCAACAAUUUUGUCCCGAAGUUGGGAUUGUUUCUGCCUUGAAAUUGCACAAAAUUUAUGGGGAAAGAUUGGGACCAUUCCUCAAUGAUGUAUCAUGCCUUUCUGAAGGUGUCAGGGAGGUGCUUACUGCAGCUGUUCUCUUGGAAGAUUGCUUAUUUGAGCUUUAUUCUUUGGAAAAAAGACAGAGUGCUCACUAUUCUGCUCACACAAAUGAAUUUGAGUAUUACAAGAUUGGUGAGGUUGCAAGGCCAGUUAUUCUUGAUUGGGUAAUUGCUCAACAUGCACGAAUUCUGGAGUGGACUGGCCGUGCCUUUGAUCUUGAGGAUUGGGAACCCUUAUCACAUCAGCAAAAGCAAGCAGCUUCUGUGGUGGAAGUUUUUAGGAUCACAGAAGAGACUGUGGAUCAAUUGUUUCAGAUGAAACUUCCAGUGGACAUUACUCACUUACAGGCUUUAUUAUCUAUAAUAUUUCACACUCUGGAUGCCUAUUUGCAGAAGAUGGUUAGCCAGUUAGUUGACAAGCGGGAUCUAUAUCCCCCUGUUCCUCCGUUGACUCGUUUCAAAGGGACAACAUUUCCAGUAAUUAAAAGAAAAUUGGCAGAGGCUGUGGUUCUUGAUGAUGAAGUGCAUAACAAGUUGAAUCAAUUAACAAUAUCCAAACUCUGUGUCAGAUUGAACACCCUUCAAUAUAUACAGAGACAAAUUACCACCCUCGAAGAUGGUAUUAGGAGGUCUUGGUCUACUAUAAGAGUUAUUGAAGAUAAGAUAUGUUCUGAAGGAAACCCACCAGAACUUUCAGAUGGAAGUUCAGAUAUGCGUGAUGAGUCAAUGGAUGAGCUUUUUGUGGCUACCUUUGAUUGUAUAAGAGAUUCUGCUGCUAAUGCGAUUCGAAAGACAUGCGACUUUUUGGGUACAAGAGUUGUGUUUUGGGAUCUUAGAGAAGCAUUUGUGUUUCAUUUGUAUCAUGGCAGUGUUGAAGGCGCGCGGUUAGAGAAUGUUCUUCCACAGUUUGACAAUAUUCUCAAUGAUGUUUGUGGUUUGAUUGAUGAUGAUCUAAGAGACCUUGUUGUUUCACGUAUAUACAAGUCAUCAUUGGAAGGUUACAUUUGGGUAUUAUUGGAUGGUGGUCCUUCACGCGCCUUUUCUAACUCAGAUGUUUCAAUGAUGGAAGAAGACCUCCGUAUGUUAAUCGAUUUGUUUGUUGCUGAUGGAGAAGGGCUUCCCCGGUCAUUAGUUACUGAGGAAGCAAAAGCUGUGCAACAAAUAAUAAGCUUGUUUUCCCUCCAGGCUGACUCUGUGAUUAGAUUGUUGAUGACUUCUAGUCAACAUAUGACAGCAGGACAUUAUGUACAUCAAAAUGAUUUUAGGAACACCGGAGAUGCACAGACUUUAAUGCGUGUUUUAUGUCACAUGAAAGAUGCAGAGGCGUCGAAGUUCUUGAAGAUGCAUUAUAACCUUCCUGCGUCUUCAGAGUAUGAGGAAAACACUCGAGAGGAAUCUGUUUCUGGUUCCCCUCUGAUAGCGGAUCUUAUAAAGCGAAGCGCGUCGCUUCGCUUGUCUGACAGAGGCAGCAGCAGCUUCAGAUCUAUAAAGAAAAAGUUUCACGAAGCCACGUCCGAUCUCAGGCAUGUUGCUUGGCGACUCUACCUUACUUUCCCCCUACCAAAGACAACCCUAUAUUUCAAAUUAAUUUUAGGGUCUUCACAUUCUGAUAAUUCCACAAUUCACCGUUCUCCACCACCUCAGGCUGCAAAGGCGGAACAUUCCACUGUUAAAGGGAGUAACCCUACCAUUCCUGAAGCUAUGCCUUCUUUAUAUGCAACAAGGGCAAUUCAGAUCUUUGGCGAUUCAUUGUCACUGAGAAAUCUUUCUUGGCGGCUAAGUAGAGUAUCUCCACUCAAUGACAGGGUGAGGUUUUUAAGUGACUGUGGUCCUCUUACCCUAGCUAGUCUUGGACUGAAGAACAGAGUCGAAGGCAGGAAAGCCAAAAAUAAGCUUGUGCAAAAGGGUGUUUCCACAACUGAAGUCCCUAAGGUAUUUUCUGGAGUGCCAAGGGACCCUAAGGGUAAUUUAAAGAAAAAGAUAAACAGUGGAAGAAGCAUUGGAGUGAAAGAUACAAAGUCCGUAGACACAGGGGAAGGAGCAGCACCCUUUGCUGCAAAGUCUUUCUCUGACCUUGGCCUUCCCCCAUUACUAAUCGAGAGACUCGAGAAGGAAGGGUUCAAAGAUCCAACAGAUGUUCAGGCUGCUGCGGUCCCAACAAUUUUGGAAAAUCACGACGUCGUGAUUCAGUCCUACACUGGUUCAGGAAAAACAUUGGCUUAUCUUCUUCCAAUACUCUCCAAUGUCUUUUUCCCCAUCAAUGGUGAAAAAGCCUCUUCAAGCAGAGCAGAUAUAAAAGCUGUGAUUGUGGCUCCUUCAAGGGAACUUGGCAUGCAGAUUGUUAGGGAAGCCGAAAAGCUUUUGGGACCUGAUAGGAAGAUGGUUCAACAGCUUGUGGGUGGGGCGAACCGGUCUAGACAAGAAGAAGCACUCAAGAAAAAUAAACCAUCUGUGGUGAUCGGCACUCCAGGGCGAAUUGCAGAGAUUAGUGCAUCCGGAAAGCUCCACACGCACGGAUGCCGUUACUUGGUCUUAGAUGAAGUUGAUGAGCUUCUUGCUUUCAAUUUCCGGGAAGACAUGCAACGGAUAUUGGAUCACGUGGGGACCACAAAAUCUGGACCCCAUGGCUCAAGCAGUUUGCUUGUGAAGAACCAAGCUUCCCGCCAGACGAUCAUGGUUUCUGCAACAGUGCCAUUCUCGGUCAUAAGAGCUGCUCAAAGCUGGGGACGGGACCCACUCCUCGUCCAAGCCAACAGUGUGCUUCCUCUUCACUCCAUGCCUCCUCCUCUUGCAUUACAGCCUUCCAACUCACUGCAGGCUCCUCAGCCAGCAGCUGUGCUGACCCUACCUCCCAAUCUAAACCAUUACUAUUGCGUCACGAGGAUUCAACACAAAGUCGACAUGCUGAGAAGGUGUGUUCAUGCCCUGGAGGGCAAAUCCGUCAUUGCAUUCAUGAACCAUACCAAGCAACUGAAGGAUACUGUUCACAAACUUGAAGCUCGCGGCAUGAAAGCUGCAGAACUGCAUGGGGACCUCAGCAAGCUGGCGAGGUCGACUGUUUUGAAGAGCUUUAAAAGUGGAGAUGUGAGGGUGUUGGUUACCAGUGAGCUUUCUGCAAGAGGUUUGGACGUGCCGGAAUGCGACCUUGUUGUGAAUCUGGAGUUACCGACCGAUUCUGUCCAUUAUGCCCAUAGAGCCGGCCGGGCGGGGAGGCUUGGACGGAGGGGUAAUGUGGUCAAUAUAUGCGAGGAACCCGAAGUCUUCGUUGUGAAAAAGAUUCAGAAGCAGCUCAGCAUUGCCAUUCAAAGUUGUGAGUUUGCUGAAGGAAAACUGGCCAUUACUGAAGAAGACUGAUAAUGGUAAGUAAAUGCACAAGGGCCUAAUUGAAACAGCUUCAUACAACAACAACAACCCAAUUAAAUCCCACAAGAGUAGGGUCUGGGGAGGGUGAGGGUGUGUGUACGCAGACCUUGCCCCUACUCGAAAGUAGAGAGGCUGUUUCCAAAGAGACCCCCGGCUCAACGUCGAAAGUUGCAUUGCUUGACUAACUGCUACUUCAUUAAUUAAAGAAGCGCAAAUAGUUUAGAUAUCCAUUUUGAUUUAUUCCAUCACACCCCAAAGCCAAAAACAUGUGAAAUUUUGGCUCCAUCGGAGAUGAUGGAAAACUUGAAACAGCUUCAUUGUAUUUCAAAAUACAGGGUAAUAUGCAUA